ACAUGGCGCCCAUGUAACUGAAAUCCAAAAUCGUUCCUUGUUGCAAUUUAAGAAAAAAUAGGUAUUAAGUUUAAAUAGUGACAAUGGCGCUAUCGAAUUUUUACUGGAAAAUGUCGUCAAUGAAACGCUUCCAAGACAACGUUACAGUCAAACAGACUAAUCCAUGGUUAAACGCGGAAUCACCGAUUCCUGUAUCAGAUUCACCACCUACUGUAAGCCCAUUAUCUUCUUCCAUUGUGUUACAACGUGAAGGAACAAUAAACCAACCACUUAGUGCACCUGCAUCACCUUUGUCUUCCUUAUCAUCUCCUUUAGCACAAUUGAAUUUGUCAUCACCUGAAGACUGUACACAAGAUCCUAAUUGGCAAGCAACAAAACCUACUGUUCGUGAACGAAAUGCUGCCAUGUUUAACAAUCAUUUAAUGGCUGACAUUAUAUUUAUUGUUGGCAGUCCAGGUCAUACUCAAACUAUACCAGCACACAAAUAUGUUUUAGCUACUAGUAGCUCUGUAUUUUAUGCUAUGUUUUAUGGUGGACUAGCAGAAAAUAAAAGAGAUAUAGAAGUACCAGAUGUAGAACCUGCUGCUUUUCUUGCUCUGUUAAGGUAUAUGUAUUGUGAUGAAGUACAAUUAGAAGCUGAUACAGUAUUAGCAACGCUUUAUGUUGCUAAAAAAUAUAUAGUUCCCCAUUUAGCAAGAGCAUGUGUUAAUUAUUUAGAAACAAGUUUAACAGCAAAAAAUGCAUGUUUACUUUUAAGUCAAUCUCGUUUGUUUGAAGAACCAGACCUUAUGCAACGUUGUUGGGAAGUUAUAGAUGCUCAAGCAGAAAUGGCACUAAGAUCAGAUGGUUUUGUGGAUAUUGAUAUUCAUACUCUUGAAUCUGUACUUUCUCGAGAAACAUUAAACUGCAAAGAAAUACAUAUAUGGGAUGCUGCAUUAAGAUGGGCUACUGCAGAAUGUAUUCGACAAGAGCUUGAACCAACAUCAGCAAAUCAAAGACGUUUAUUGGGAUCUGCUUUAUAUUUAAUUAGACUUCCUGCUAUGAAUUUGGAAGAAUUUGCCAAUAGUGCUGCUCAGACUGGAAUCUUAACACAACAAGAAACAAUUGAUGUCUUUUUGCAUUUUACUGCUAGUAAUAAACCUCAACUUUGUUUUCCUAUCAAACCUCGACAAGGUUUAAAAACGCAAGUGUGUCAUAGGUUUCAGUCAUGUGCAUAUAGAUCAAAUCAAUGGCGUUACAGAGGCAGAUGUGAUUCAAUACAAUUUAGCGUUGACAAAAGAAUUUUUGUUGUUGGUUUUGGACUCUAUGGAAGUUCAUCUGGUGCUGCAGAUUACAAUGUUAGAAUCGAACUGAAAAGAUUAGGAUGCGUUCUGUCUGAAAAUCGUACGAAAUUUUUCUCGGAUGGUUCAAGUAGUACAUUUCAUGUAUAUUUUGAAAACCCAAUUCAAAUCGAACCAGAAUGUUUUUAUACAGCUAGUGUAAUAUUAGUUGGAGGAGAAUUAAGUUAUUUUGGUCAAGAAGGUAUGUCAGAGAUAACAGUUGGUAAUGUAAACUUUCAAUUUCAAUGCAGUUCAGAAAGUACAAAUGGUACUGGUGUACAAGGAGGACAAAUACCUGAAUUAAUUUUUUAUGGACCUCCAGUAGAUGAUUGA